UUUUUUUACUUCCCCCAACCCCCCAUUUCCUCUGGUCGGAGCGGAAGUUGCUCUGUAAGCCGAGGCCUCGCACUUCCAAUGGCGACUGAAAACUGGCUGAACGGAAAGCGGGAGCGAACACCAAGGGGACCCGAACCGUGCAGUCAGAAUUAAAUAAAUAUAUCAGCGGAUAACAAGACGUCAAAUAAGUUUCAAGAGUAGUACGUCAGCUAACUUAUGGCUGACAGAAUGGACAAAAGAGGGAGUCUUUCGCUCCUUGAAUCGGAGCUUUAUUAUCUAAUUUCUCGCUUUUUAACAACCGGUCCUUGUCAGAGAGCGGCCGAGGUUCUCGUGAGUGAACUGGAGGAACAUCAGCUUCUUCCCCGUAGAGUGGACUGGGAAGGAAAUGAACAUCCCAGAUCGUAUGAAGACUUGAUCGCUGCCAACAAGCAUAUUGCACCAGACCACUUGCUGCAGAUAUGUAAGCAGAUCGGUCCAAUCCUUGACAAGCAGGUGCCAUCUGGUUUGCCUGGGGUGCAUUCUCUACUGGGAACAGGGAGACACUCCUUACUUCGUACAGCUAAAGAUUGUAGCCGUAGCCGAUGGAAAAGCUCGACUUUUGCCGCACUUCAUCGAGGAAGACCACCAGAGAGGCCUUUGAGCUGCAGGGAUGCCCCAAAUCUGGUGGAGGUGUGCAGAGGCAGGGAAUUGACAGGCACUCAGCGUUUCAGCUUUGUCCAUCCUGUCAGUAUAUAUCAGAGCAUCAAAAUGCACAAGAGGAUUCUGGGACAUCUCUCGGCCGUUUACUGCAUCGCCUUUGACCGAACAGGAUCCAGGAUUUUCACGGGUUCAGAUGAUGCCUUGGUAAAAAUUUGGUCCUCUUUUGACGGGAGGCUCCACUCUACUCUGCGAGGACACCAUGCCGAGAUCUCAGACCUCGCCGUCAACUUGGAGAACACUCUCAUUGCAGCGGGGAGCUGCGACAAAACCAUCAGAGUCUGGUGCCUUCGUACCUGUGCCCCAGUGGCGGUGCUGCAGGGUCACAGUGGAUCUAUUACCUCUUUACAGUUUUCUCCAUUUGCCAAGGGCUCCAAAAGGUACAUGGUCUCUACAGGAACUGAUGCAACUGUCUGCUUCUGGCAGUGGGAUGUAAAGAACAUCAAUUUCACUGAUCGACCCUUGAAGUUCACAGAAAGGCCAAGACCCGGUGUUCAGAUGGUGUGUUCCUCAUUCAGCCCAGGAGGCAUGUUCCUAGCUACAGGAAGCACCGAUGAUGUAAUCAGGAUAUACUACCUGGGCAGUGGGAGUCCGGAAAAAAUAGCCGAGCUCAAUUCACACACAGACAAAGUCGACAGCAUCCAGUUCUGCAAUACAGGAGAGAGGUUUGUAAGUGGCAGUCGUGACGGCACCGCUCGCAUCUGGAGGCUGCAUCAGAGACAUCAGUGGAGGAGCAUUUUGCUGGAGAUGUCCGCCACUUUGCCAGGAACUGUGCCUGCGGAAGAAGAGAGCUUCUUCAAACCCAAGGUCACCAUGGUGUCAUGGGAUCGUCAUGACAACACAGUUCUCACUGCUGUCAACAAUCAUCUCCUCAAAGUGUGGAACUCCUACACAGGGCAGCUUUUGCAUGUGUUGAAGGGCCAUGAGGCAGAGGUGUUUGUGCUGGAGCCACACCCAUACGAUCCCCGUGUCAUGCUGUCUGCAGGUCAUGAUGGCAACAUUUUCAUAUGGGACCUCAUACGAGGCACAAAGACUCAUCACUACUUUAACAUGAUUGAAGGCCAGGGGCAUGGUGCUGUUUUUGACUGCAAGUUCACCCCUGAUGGUCAUCGCUUCGCCUGUACAGACUCUCACGGGCACCUGGUCAUUUUUGGAUUUGGGUGCUCCAAGCCUUAUGAAAAGCUUCCAGAUCAGGUGUUUUUCCACACUGACUACCGCCCGUUGAUCCGGGACUCCAACGGGUUCGUAUUAGACGAGCAGACACAACAGGCACCUCACCUUAUGCCCCCGCCCUUCCUUGUGGAUGUCGAUGGGAAUCCUCAUCCUCCCGGAUAUCAGAGACUUGUGCCUGGGAGGGAGAACGUCACAGAUGAGCACCUGGUUCCUCAGCUUGGAUACGUUGCUACAAGCGAUGGUGAGGUGGUGGAGCAGGUAAUCAGCCAGCAGCCAGCUGAGAGCGAGGAUCCACAGGCACGUCGCAAUCUCUUAGAUAACGCCAUCCGUCAGCUCCAGGAGCAGCAGGACCAGCAGGCCGGGAGGCAGCAGGGUACCCCCAGAAGAGUGUCUCUCAGCGAGCGGAUGGAGGUGCAGUCUCCGCCUAACGUGGGGCUCCGGCGCAGUGGGCAAGUUGAGGGAGUGCGUCAGAUGCAUCAGAACGCACCACGCAGCCAGAUGGCAACAGAAAGGGACCUGCAGGCAUGGCGUCGCAGGGUGGUGGUUCCUGAACUUACCUCCAGUGCAUACAGUGACCAGGAGUCGUUCAGAAUCAUGAAGGGAGAGGAGGAGAUUUUGCUAUAUAAUGCCAAGAAACGCAGAAUUGCACAUGGCACCUUUAGGGAUGACUCUGAUGAUGAGGCGGUAUGCAUUAAGCGCGCGCAGCCACGCAAGCGGCGCCGCAUUUUGGAGGGCACGAACAGUUAUGUAGAGAGUCUGAUAGAGUUUUCCUGCGAGGAGGGAGAGGAGACUGCUUCCUCAGAGGAGAAUGAAAUUGAAGCCAGCGAGGUGGACUCCUCAAAUGAAGAGGAAGACGAGGAGUGGAAAAGUGACAGCUCGAGUCACUCGUCCAGCGAGCAUUCUGAUUGGACAGCUGAUGCUGGCAUCACCACACAGGCGGCCAUGUGCUCCCGAAGACGGGCUCGUAGGCAGAUUAGCAGUUCUGAGGAGGAGGAGGUGGAGGAGGAAGAGGAGGAAGACGAAGAUAACACAGCAGAGGAUGAGCAAACUGAACAAACCCAGGAUGAGGAUGCAAAGUCCUCAACGCCUCGGAAACCAAGGAGAAAAGCAAAAUGCAAAACACCAAAGUGUCCAAAACCCAGGCAGUCCCUGAACAGAGAGGUCUCCAACGAGUUUCGUCCCUCUACCUGGAUUACCGAUGUCAUUCCUCGAAAGUCUCCUUUUGUUCCACAAAUGGGAGAUGAGGUAAUCUACUUCCGUCAGGGUCAUGAGGCCUAUGUGGAUGCAGUCUGCAGGAGUAAUUUGUACCCAAUCAACCUGGAAAAACAGCCGUGGAGGAAGAUGCAUCUAAGAGACCAAGAGUUUGUUAAAAUAACUGGGAUCAAGUAUGAGGUGUGUCCUCCGACACUUUGUUGCUUGAAAUUGACACAGAUUGACACUGGAACAGGCAAAAUAACAAACAAGUCGUUUUCUGUGAAGUAUCAUGAUAUGCCUGAUGUGAUUGACUUCCUUGUGCUCCGCCAGAGCUAUGAUGAAGCACGCAGCAGGAUCUGGAGGCCAAAUGAUCAUUUCCGGUCAGUAAUUGAUGAUGCUUGGUGGUUUGGGACCAUAGUCUGUCAGGAGCCAUAUCAGCCUGAGUAUCCUGACAGCCAUUUCCAAUGCUUCAAAGUCAGGUGGGACAAUGGAGAAAUUGAAAAGCUUAGUCCAUGGGACAUUGAGGCUAUUCCAGAGAAUGCUCAGAGUCCGGAGGCGGUGGGUGAAUGUGUGCCAGUCACAGACGAGGAAAGAGCUGACAUUCUGUACAAACCACAGGGAGACGAGUGGGGAGGCAGGAGUCGAGAAAAAGAGUGCGCACGCAUCGUUGCCGGCAUAGACCAGCUCAUCACAGUAGAUAUUGCUGCACCUUUCUCUGGCCCAGUGGACCUUGCUCAAUAUCCCACUUACUGUACUGUAAUUGCCUACCCCACUGACCUGAACUCCAUCCGCAUGAGGCUGAAGGCCAACUUCUACAGGAGACUGUCUGCACUAAUUUGGGACACGAGGUAUAUUUAUUACAAUGCAAGGACCUUCAAUGAACCACGUAGCAAGAUUGCACAGUCAGCAAAACUGAUUACAGAUGUCCUGUUAAAGUUCAUUAGUAAGCCACAUUAUACGGAUAUUAUGGAGAUUUACAAUGCGGUUGAAAACAUGGAGUACACUGAGGAUGAGGAUAUGGAAGAUGUUGAUGCACCAGGCACAUCUACUGGGCGAAGGGCGCAUCAGCAGAUGGAGCUGGUACAGGACAGGGACGCAUGGAAGGAUGCAUGCAAACAGCUGCUGGAUUAUAUGUUUGAGUGCGAGGACUCUGAGCCUUUCCGUCAGCCUGUGGAUCAAAAUGAGUAUCAGGAUUAUUUAGAAAUCAUCGACACUCCCAUGGAUCUGGAGACCGUUCGACGAACCCUUGAAGAAGACCGCUACGAAAACCCCACCGAACUAUGCAAAGACACCAGACUUAUUUUUGCUAAUGCUAAAGCCUACACACCAAACAAACGUUCAAAGAUUUACAGUAUGACUCUCCGUCUGUCUGCAUUCUUUGAGGAGCGCAUUCGGAAAAUCAUAUCCCAAUACAAGACUGCAGUUAAAAGCAGUUUGAAGCUGAGACGGAGUCAGAGGUUUAAAAAGAGAACUCAGCAGCAGGAACUCGUUCUUCCUCCUCCCAGGGUUGAAUCCACUAGUCAGAAGAGGGCUGCUGUUAAAACUCAGGAACAAGUAGAACCACCUACAACCAAAUCUACCUCGGCUAAAGCCUCUACAGCCGAGCGCCAUCACAGUAAGACGAGAAGGCGGCUUAGUUCUGCCUACACGUCGAUGGAGGACUCCAAUAAAAGUGCAUCAUCUCUGUCAGAAUCUGAAAAUGACAGUGAAGUCUCAUUGAGCGAAUCAAAGGAAGAAGAUUUCCCCUCGUUUUCUCAGCCAUUCAGGCGUGAAACAAGAGCGACGCGAAGAGCCAUUCAGAACAGAGAGGCGAAGAGAAAGAAUGUCACUGAAAGCGGAAGUGAGGUUGACCACUCGACUGGGGAUGAUGAUGAUGAUGAUGAUGAUGAUGAUUAUGAUGAUGAGUAUUCUGGGAAGUCCGGCUCAUUAAAACGACUGCAGUCGAGCAGAACCAAAAGCAGGAGCACCCGACUCACUCGGAACUCUGAGAAAAGAAAGCCAGAGGGUAGUGGUCAGGUGAACGGUCUUAGCAGCAGAUCCUCCCGUGCAGAGCGCAGAAGAGUUCGACACAGCAGUGGCUCUGACCUGGAACAUUCUGAAGGUCAGGAGAAUAUGAAAAACGCGGAUGACUCUGACCACAGUCGCCAGCCCAGGAAAACCGCUAUGGCUGCAGUCAGUAAGAUGAAACUGAUUGACGCAUCCGAGGAAGAGGAUACCUCGGAGCAUAAGUCUCGUUCCAGGACCGGAAAACGUGCUGCAGUUAUCCAGAGCAGCUCAGAGUCUGAGGAGCAUGACCAGCAGGAUGAUUCUCCUCAUGUCAAUGGGCACAGAAAGCAUAGUCAUGAAGAGAGUGAGGACAACAGCAACGAGGGAGAAAGUGAGAAUGAAAGUUUUGAUGAGGAGGAUUCCAUCAGCAGGCGAAAGUUAAUCAAGAAAACUGCAAGAGAUGCAGUAUGUAAGCUAAAACGAAUUAAUGAGAGUGAUGAGGAGGAAGAGAAUCAAUGUAGAACCAGACGCCGGAGAAAUCACCCAAGCAAUCCGAAUACCUCAAAAACGUCUGAUGAGGAAACGGAAACUCCAGAGGCUGAGAAGCACCCUCAUCAAAAUGGAAGAAAAUUAGACACACAGGACCUUAAAUACUCUGAGAAAAUAAAUAUGACGUCAAAAAGCCAAGUAGUAGUAUCUGCCUCAAAAGCUCGUACAGCUCCUGGAGCCAUAGCAUUAAAGUCAGGUAUCAAGGAAUCCAGUGCUUCAAGGAGAAAAAUCAGGUCUGAAGAUGAAGGAGAGGGGAAAAUCGAGGAGAAUGAGCGCAGUAGUGAAGAAGAAGAAAUCACGGAAAAAAGAAGCUCGCUGGCAAGAAGGAACAAAUCAGGAAGACAAGCCAAGUCUCAGAGUUUGGAUGGCGACUCAAACACUUCCGACUCUGAGAGUGAACCUGCCUUAAACCAGAGACGUAAGAAAAAAGAGGCUGAUUCUUCUGAAGAGUGGCGACAAAGUGAUGAAUCAGAAAAGGAUAAGAAAUCGUUUUCCAGAAGACCUACUCUAAGAGCCCUCCCCAAGAAGAAAUACAUCACCGACUCGGAGGAAGACCUUGAUUCUGAGGGAGAAAGGCAGUCAUGGAAUGGGAAAAGCUCUGAUUCAGUGAAGGACGACACCAACAGUCAGCCAAAAUCAUCAGGAGGAUCAAAAAGGAAAUGUAUCAGCACUUCUGAAGAAUCUGAAGACAGAGAAGAAAAUGGUAAGGCCAGUGAUGAAAGUGAGUGUGGCAAACCUCCAGGGAGGAAAGGGAAGCGGUUCAAGAAACUUUCAGAAUCUGAGAGCGAUUCUGGAAGUAGGGAGAAUGUGGUGAAUGGUCCUUCAAAAAAGCAUCAAUCUGAGGAUGAACUCUCUGGAGGUGCUGGUCAGCGAUUAAAACGGCAGUCUGGGAAACGGAAGCACAGCAAGAGCUACAACAGUGAUAGCAGCACAGACUCUGAGAGGUGCCAGGAGGAGUCUAGCAAUGAGUCGCAGUUCUCCAGAUCACAAAGCAGUCCAAAAGGAUACGCCAAGGGAAGACUGAGGGGUCGAAAACAAAAACCUGCACAUCACAAAGCAUCUGCUUCUGAUAUGGAUAGUGACUAUUCCUAUGAAAAACCUCGGCGAGCCACACGCAUUCGGACCCGGAAUCUUGGCAAACGGACUGUAAACUACAGAGACAGCGAGUGAAGGAUUUGGCUGUGUAAGAGACACUAACUGGAGAACUUGAAGACAUUUGAUUGUCCCAAAAAAGUAGUAGCACUGGAGUCUUCUACAUACUGUGAAUCAACUUCAGGGAUAUUUAUAUUUUCUGUUGGGGGAGAUGGGGGAGCUAUGUAUUGAUAUGAGUUUUGAGCUACUGGUUUGGCUGCCCCUUUCUGUUUGUAAUUUCGCCACCAAGAAUAAUCAUAGGUGCAUUGUCUGUCUGGGUGCUAUCUUAAUAUACCUCCUGCUUAAUUGAGCAUAUUUUUGCUGGCUUGCACUAAAUGGCACACUGAACUGAGGUAUCUCGUACACUAGUUCUGUUAGAAACUCAGGGGUCAACUACAUUUACCGUUUUCAGACUUGUAGGGUCGUUCUUUUUUUUUCCCCCCUUGUUCUUUUUCCCCGUUAAGUGUAAUUGUGAUGAACUUUCUUCCAUCAUUUGACACUUACUACUUUUUUUUUUUUUUUUUUUUAAGCCACAUGAAUCUUGUAUUGUAUUUGUCAAAGGAAUUAUUGAGCCAACAUGUACAAAGUUUCCUUUUCCCAUUUCAGUUAGGGUGUGUAUAUAUGUUAUGUGGAUUUUAUUUUUUAUUUUUUAUUUUUAAAUCCGCAUCUUUCCAGAGAUUUCUGAGAAUCAGUUUGUAGCAAAGCUUUGCAUAUUUAAAAUUGUCAAGCAUUAUUUUGUAUUAAAUUCAAAUGCAUUGUCUUGCCAUAUAGUAUAAAUUUGGUACAUGUUUGCAAAGUACAUGAAAUCAGUACUUGCUGCGAAAUACAGUGAUUUCUCAUAUUGGGAAGAUUUCUCAGUCACCUGUUAUAUACUUUUCAGUAUUAAUUCAUUUUCUGACUUAACUUAUGAACGGUAAAUAACUUUUGUACCCACUGCAUUUGAAUUUAAUAGUGUUGGACAUGAAAUACACCCGACCUGACAUUAUUUCUUAAUGUCUUUUUGCAAAAAGCCAACUCUUUGAUUCAAGUUUUGCAGACAUUGAGUCUAAUGGAACAUGGAUGGAGUGAGAGGUAAAAGCAUUUGAUUAAUAAAAUAGCCUACUGUUUAAUGGCAAAACUGAUUAUAUUUCUUUUGUGGAGGUAUUAUGUUUUCCCGUGUGCCUGUCGAAGAUUCCUGUUAACACGGUAUCUCGAGCAAGCGGUUGAAUGUUUGUAGGAUUUAUAUACACUUAUCAUUGUAACCAGCAGAUGAACUGAUUAGAUUUUUGAAUUGAUUUAAACAGGGUCAAGGUCAAAUGUCUGUGGUCAAUUCCUUUAAUGGCUUCCUUUCCGUUUUAAGUAUAUUUUAAGGGUAUUUUUGGCAUACAAAUUGGUAACAAGAAGGGCUAGACCUAACCAUACCUUUUGCAACAGGUUCCAAUGGUCAUAACAUUGUGAUUAAAUAGCUGCUCACACCGUUUCCUUCAUUAAGCGUUGUUGAUACUUGCACCUUGUGAUUAGUCCAUGUACAGCCUGUUAGAUCUCAUUCCAUGCGUUCAUGGAGGUUUACAACAUAGAAUUUAUUUUACAGUGCAGUACAGAAUAUCAACAGUAAUUACUAAUACAGUACUCUAAAAAUACUGGUCUUCAAAGUGCUUUAAGUCAUACAUAAAGCAAUGAAAAAUGUGUGAAAUAAAAAGGAAAUGACAAAUAAAAUGAAUUCUUUGGA